AUGAGCACGAACCAGCUUGCGAACCUCUGUCUAUGGACAAUCUGCAUUGGCUGUGGACUUGUUGUGAUCCGAUCCGUCCUCAGUCUCUGGCACAACGUCCGCCUUGCGCGAACCAUUGGCCUGCCCUAUAUCGUCCUGCCCUUCUCGCUACUCGGAGGGCCCUGGCAGCUGGCCCAGUUCUUCGCGGUCCCCGUCCUCAAGGCCCUCCCCGAGCGACUGACCCAGACAUGGCUGCCCCUGACCGUCUUCAGCGAGUUCUGGCACAAUGGCUACGAGCCGUUUGAGCGACUCAAGGCCGACACCUUCCUGGUCGUCUCGCCAGGCGGGCUCAUACUCUACACCUGCGACCCGGACGUCAACGUCCAGCUAUUUCGCGACGCAAGUUUCGGCAAGCCAGCCGAGCUCCUCUCCCUGUUAAACAUCUACGGGCCUACCAUCACCGGCACAGACGGCCCCGAGUCGCGCCUAUACCGCAAGGUCACCGCGCCCUUCUUCUCGGAGAAGACGCUGCGCCGCGUCUUUGUCCAGUCCGUCUCUGCCGCAAAGAUACUUCUCGCCGCCCUACUACGUCCAGACGCUCAUCGCUCGCUGCGAACACUGUCCGCGAGGGUGUCUCUCAACACGCUGAGCCAGACGCUGAGCUUCAGCCAGGCUUUGCAUGGGCUCCUGCAAAACUUUGGUGCCGUGUUCAUCGUUCCUCACUGGCUGCUGCGCCUGUCACCGUUUCGGUCUCUCCAGCAUGCGGCCGCAUGCUACUCGGAGCUUGGAUCAUACAUGGAUCAGCUCAAGCGGGCAAGGGAGGCCACCAUCUCUGAGAAGACUGCGUCAACAGCUUCUUCGGACGAGGACCUCCUCGAUAUGCUCGUACAAGCGGCUACAUCUUCUGAUGUCCAAGAAAAGCCCGUUUUAUUGAGCAACGCCCAAGUCAUUGGUCAAAUCUUCCUCUUCAUGUUCGCGGGACACGAAGCCAACGCCAACCUGCUCCUCUCCAUCAUCCUCCUCCUGGCAUGCCAUCCAGACGUCCAGACCGCCAUGCAGCGCGACCUCGACCGUCUCCUCGGCCAGACAAGCCCAGACGCAUGGUCAUAUGACGACAACUACGCUCCGCUCAUGCACGGAGCCGUCGGCGCAGUGAUCAACGAGACCCUCCGCCUCUUCACCGUCAUACCCGUGCUCCCGAAAUGCGUCCCGCCCGGCGGUCCCUGGCUUUCCAUCACCGUCAAGGGCCAGCGCCAUCCGCUGCCGCCCAACACAAUCGCCUUUGUCAACACAAGCGCAACGCAUCGCCAUCCAAAGCACUGGCCCAAGAGGCCAGCGCACCCAGCAGCCCAGGAGAAGUGCUCCUCCUCCUGGAGGGAAAUCAGAAACGACCCGCGCCAACGUCCCUAUGCCGCGGCGGACUUUGACCCCUGGAGGUGGUUGGAUGCGGGGGAGAGCGCUCAGGAAGCCACACAGGCAGGCUCGACGACCAACUUCUUGAAGCCUCGACCCGGGACGUUUAUCCCCUUUUCAGAUGGCGGUCGGGGAUGCCUCGGAAAGCGAUUCGCGCUGGUAGAGGUCUGUGCCAUGGUCGCGACGCUGUUCAAGACGCACUCGGUCGAGCUGGUGACGGACCAUGAGCAGGGAUUCAAUGAGGAGGAGGAAGCGUGGCUGGAGGCACGUCGACGUGCUACGCUGGCACUUUCAGAGGGGACCAAGUUUGACACAAGCCUGCGCGUUGCAAGGGCUGUACCUAUACGGUUUGUACCGAGAAGCAACUGA